GCGUACGCAUACACACAUCGUACAGUUACGUUUAUAAAAUUUUUUUGUGUGUCCUCAAACAAAUAUUAUAAAUAAUAAAAAAUAUAAAUUUAUUGUGAAGAAAUUGAAAAAAAUAAAUAAAAUUCCUAAAACCUCACCCUUUUCGAUUAUUUAACAUCCAUUCAAAAUAAAAAAAGAAAACACCUGCUCUUUUUUUUAAAAUUUUGUGUAACAAAAAAUACAAAAAUAAAUAAGUUUAAAUAAAAAAUCUCUCUUCAGCUCAGUGUCAUGAAUUUUUCGGAAAAUUCUUCUUCUUCUUUGCACAUCAUCGAAUCAAUUUGAAUCCAGCAGUUGUUUGUUGUUUGUGUAGAGUGGCCCAAAGAUAGAGAGAGAGAGCGAUUUUAGUGUGUGAAAAUAAAUCUAAAUAAAAAAUUUAUUUUUUGAGGUCAUUUUCGUUAAAUCGGGAUUUUCUUUUCGACCCAAAAAGGAGCCCAAUAGAAGUGGAGAAAAGCUUAUUUUUUUUUUUUUAAACGUGGAUACGCGUGCGGGGCAGGUGUCGGCGGUGGUCGGUAAAAUCGAAUUGAAAAUAGAAAAAAACACUGAGUGAUUGUUGUUGUCUUUUUUUUUUGUGUAUCACUCGUGUUGUGUUACGUGUUCGCUUCUUCAUUGAGUUUUUCAGCACCGGGAUUUUCCUCUCUCUGCCAACAGGAGUUUGGAGAUUUUUUCACAAAUGUCAUAAAUCCUCUCGUUUUAACGGCAAUUAAUUUGCAAAAUCGGAACAAAGUUUAUACACACAAAAAAAAAAAAAAAAACAUUCCCCACUUCCCACACAUUCUCGUAUUUGGAAGAAAUUCCUCAGCAAUAGAAAGUGAAUAAAAAGAAAAAAAAGGAGAAAAAUAUUUUAAUAAUAAUUCGUAUAAUUAUGUCGUAAUUAAGUGGAUUUUGAGGCCAAAACGUGAGUGCAAGCAAGUUGAAGGGGAAAAUGUUCGUGUUCAUCUCUUAAGCCCUUCUUUUUAAUAAAAAUAAAAAAAUUAUGUACAUAAAUUGUGUAUGAAAGAAUUUCUUUCAAAAAAAAAAAGUAAAUAAAUAAAUAAAAAUUUUAAAACAAAAAAAAAAGUGUAUUCCGCAGUGCGCAAGAGAGAGAAGCUAAAAAAUUCGUUCGUGUGUAUUCAAUUUUGAUUGUGAGUUAGAUAGAGACGCAACGAUAACAAAAAAGUUGUUGCAGUGGUGGACAAUUUGGCGGCGCUCUCAGCUCAGUGUCAGUUUUUUUUUUUUUGAGUGAAAUGUCAAAUUCAUCGUUGUCAUUGUUGUUUGCAUUUCCCCUUACGUCAUCGUUAGCAGAAGCAGCCGGAUUAUUUUCUUCAGCAGCAUCAGCAACUUUGUUGUCGUCAUCGUCUUCUCUAUCGUCGUCGUCAUCAUUGAUAUUUCGUAGUGAUCUUUUAUUUCAAUUGGAUUGCUUUUUGGGAUAUGUCGCAUAAUAAAUUUUUAAAGCAGAAACUUAAAUCUCGAUCGCAGCAGAAUAAAAGUUCAAAUGGCCGCGGCUAGCGCUGGAACGCAUAAAAUCAAUAACAGUGCCGCAGCUAUUUCAAGUAAUGCUGGGGUAAUGUCUCGUGGGAAUUUAGUCCAGCAACAAGUUGUAAUGCAACAACAUCAACAACAACACCAACAACAACAACAACAAAUGCAACAACAACAGCAUCUUCAACAACAUCAACAUCAUCAGCAACAACAACAUCCACAUCAUGCGGGGAAUAUAUCUAAUCAACAGCAACAACAGCAUGCGAUUCUUAUGCAUCAACAUCAUCAGCAGCAACAACAGAAUGUUCACUAUCAGAUGCAACAACAACAACAGCAACAACAACAACAACAUCAGCAGAUGAAUGGACAUCAUCAUCCAUCGCAACAAAUGAUGCAUCAUGUUGCUCAACAAUCCCAACUUCAACAACAACAGCCGCAACAGCAGCAACAACAACAUCAGCAACAACAACAACAUAGACAACAAACAUUCGUUCCGCGGGUCGGUGCAAAUACGAAUUCUUCUUCCAAUGGAAUGCAAAUAAUUGCAAACAAUGUAAUUGCUCGACAGCAAUUGCAGCAACAACAUCCCCAAUUCCCCCAACAGCAGCAACAACAACAACAACAACAACAACAACAGCAUAUACAACAACAAAAUUACACCCAAUCCCCAGUGCAUCAUCAUCAACACCAACAACAAUAUCCUAUUGAUGCAGUGGAGGUGGCUCCAGGCGGCGGUAAAUUACAACAAAACCACCUGCCACCACCGCCUCCUCCAAAUAAGAUUCCUCAACCACCCCCCACAAUAGCAUCACGUCACGCUCUAACGAAUAAGCCGCAAAUUCCAAUAGAACCGCCAGCAGCAAUGGCUGCUGCUGCUGUUGUUGGAGCAGCGCCUGCAGCUAAUUUAGCACCUGGAUGGCGAAGGAUUAACGCCAACAACGAGGUCAUCUACAUAAGUCCCACUGGAGCAACAUUACGUUCACAGGUGCAAAUAAAGGAUUACUUAUUGUCACCGGGCACCUGCAAAUGUGGUCUUCCAUGCCCAUUGCGGCCGGAGUUCUUUUUCGAUUUUAAUUCUCAGGUUCCUAAUAUACCAUUGAAAGUACCUCUAGAAAAUGGAUUACCUGCACGUUCGUUAGUAUGUCUGCAUCAGAGGCGAUUCCUAGAAUCACCACAUCAUCAGCAACAACAACAACAACAACAUGAACAGCAACAACACCAUCACCAUCAGCAGGAGUUGGAUCUUCUACAGGAGCAGCAACAACAACACCAGCAGUUGCAAAAUGAUAGUCAGAUUCACAAUCACCAGCAACAGCAGCACCAGUCACAUCAGCAACAACAACAACAACUCCAGCACCAGCAGCACCAACAACAACAGCAGCAGCAGUCUGAGCAACCAGGAUUAAAAGAUGCAAAACGACGAAAGUUUACAGUUCCAACAACAAAUCCGAAUAAAAUUCUUUCGGCGGCAGCUCAACAACAACAACAACAACAAAAUAUUAAUAAUCAUCCUGGAAAUGUGUAUGCCUCAGGAAAUAGUUCUGUUCAUAGCAAUUCUAGUCAAGUGGCUUCGAUUUCUUCCAAAUCGCAACACAUGCACCAACAACAACAACAACAACAAAUGGAUCAUUCACAUUCAUCGCCAUCCCAUAAACACUCAAUUGAAGUUGUUCAAAAAGUCCAACAACAUCAUUCAAUAGUGUCACAUCCUUCAACGACAACUACUUCACAUACCGAAGAAGUAGAAGUCGAAGAAGAAGAUGAAGAAGAAAUCGAAGAUGAAGAAGAACCUGUUCCGGAAGAAAAACCCGAAAGGCAAAUUGGUGGUGUUAAAUUGUCAAAAACACCACCAUGGCGUAAAAGCCAAUCUGGCGGUUAUAGUUCCGAAAAUAGUAACGAACGAGUUCCACCUCUUCCAACUGCACAUGAAGAAUCUUCUUCAAAAUGGCAUUCAGCAACACCGCCAUGGGAGAAAGCUAAUAAUAAUAAUAAUAAUGGUCAAUCGUAUGUGCCUCGUUUCUACACCAAAAAUCGCCUCCUCACUGGGGUAACUAAGAAAUUUCCAAAUUUCAAAGAUGAUCCAAAUGGUUAUCUUACCCAGCAAACGGCUAUGUUGCAUAAUACAAUGAUGAAUUUUGGUCGAAAUAAAAAGCUUAGCGAACCUACUGUUGAAGAGGUAAAUGAAGAAGAUGAGGAAGAAGAAGAGGAGGAAGAAGAAGAGGAGGACGAACAAAUCAUGGAAGAAGUACAAGAGGCGGCUCCUCCCACGAGCAAAACUGUGAUUCAUCAACAAAAGAUACAACAACAACAACAACAAAAUACCCAGCAACAGAGGCAACACUUGGCUUCUGUUGAGGAUGGAAAAGUUCCACUUUACACUGAAAGAGUGUAUACUAAUGGAACAACUCAUCCUUUUGCACAGCAGCAAUCAAACUCAGAAAUAGCUCAAAGCUCAAAUGUUAGUUUGACAAAUCAGUAUCAGGCGCAGCAGCAGCAGCGUAUGGCUGCUCCAGCGUCUCCAGCUGCAAAUUCAGCAAGCCCAACUGUUGUAAAUCAUCAACUGCAGGCUCCAUCUAGUCAACAACAGUACCAUGUUGAACAAAAUGAACAGAUUAAAAGCGAAACGGUGGUGAUGCCUCAAAAACGACGGCAAUACUCUCAGGUACAUCAUCGACCUGAACCUCAACAGCAUUUGACAACAACAAUUGGUGGCCAAACGGUGACGCAUUUCCCCAAUGGCAUGGUCCAAAUCGAACAAAGUUGUGAAACUGUUCAAUUGACCCAGCCGACACCAAUGAAGCCUCAGCAACAGCUGCAGCUUCAACAACAAAUCCAACAGCAUAAUCUUCUCUUCCGGCAAAAUCAACAAAUACAAAAACAAACAACUGGAAGUAGCAAGCAACAGAAGUCGGCUCCUCUUGUUGUUCCGGCUGCUCAAGAGUCACCAGUUUCGUCGAGCACGACAUUUCCUAAUCGUGCCACUCCCGAAACACCUCAACAACUCUUGUCUGAUGCUUCCAAAGGCCCAGCCCAAGUCGGAGCUAUUUCGACAAGUCAUGAAAGUCCUCGACCAUGUCCACCCUCGCCAGCAGAGUCUAUGGAAUCGACAAGCUCUCGAGCUUCGAUCAAAACAGCACCAUCUCCCAGCCUAGUGCAGAAUUCGCACUCCGUUUCCACAAAGAAAAUCGAAUCGCAAAAGGUUACAAGGCAACACAAGCACCCUCAGCACUCCAUGUACACUCAGACUACAGCGAGAAACACCAUCACAUCGGUAACAGCUGGAAAGACUCAAACUGCAACGACAACUUCAUCGACUAUCUCUGUUGAGCCAGCGAAUAAAAUCCAACACCAUUCGCAGAAGCUGUCACCAAAUAGUAGUCUUCCUGUGGCAAAUCUCCAACUGCAACCAAUCAUGCGAGAGACAAACAACAGUCAAAUAAUCAUGACUUCCACUGGUCAGCUAAUUGUUAUGCCAACUUCAAGUGGCAUCAAACAGCAAAUCAGUGGAAAUCAUCAUAUGAUCAUAUCGAAUAAUGGAAAUGAUAAUAAUUCCUCUCUCGAUGUCCAGCAGCAACUUUUGAAUGCCACAACUCAAAAUGGAGCGAAUUCAAAUGGUGGCAUCAUCAUUCAAAAUACUGGCAGUUCGAAUAACUUCCAAAUCCAAGGUGGUAAUAUUCAACCUACAACUGUGAUCCUCAAUAAUGGACAGAAUCUCCUUGGGGCAGGUACAAAAGUUCUAACCCAAGGUGGCAAUAUAAUCAAUGGCAGCCUUAUAUCUCCUAAUAAUUCUGCAAUGCUUGGCCAGCAGACAGUUGUAUUAAAUACCCUUCCCAAUGGCUAUGUCAUUCAACCAAAUUUUGCCACAGUUGAUGGACAAAUGGUUAGUCAGAUUGUAAAUCAAGAAAAUGGUACUACCACGUAUGUCCAACAACAACAACCUCACCAACAACAACAACAACAGCGAAUUAUUAUAACUUCGCCAGAUAUUAAGCGAAAAGCAAAGAAGAGAAAAAAUAGUUCUAGCUCUUCGCCUUCAACAACGCCAUCGAGUCUAUCACCUCAACAAUCUCCAACGAUACAACAACAACAAACGACUACAGUUUUGCAAAAUCAUCAGAACAACGGUCAAACACAAAUGGUUCAGAUCUCGGCUGGACAUCAGUAUCCAACUCAAGGCUUUCAAAUUAGCCCGAGUAUACAAGGAAUUGUUGUUAAUAAAAAUACUCAACAGACACAGCCUCAACAGCAGCUACUCUUCCAGAAUGGUCAGAUUAUUCAACCUAUUAAUAUGUUGGGGCAACAAUUGUUGGUACCAGCUGGCCUGGUAAUGACCUCACCCGAUACAACGUUGUUGCAAAUACAAAAUGUUGGCGCUGCUUGUGGUAGUAUUAUAACACCUCAGGGAAUGAUGUUGCGAGCGGCAAGUCCACAGAAUAAGAAUUUCCUAUCGCCCAAUGCAGGCGGACAACAGUAUAUUAUGGGGAAUAAUGGACAGUUGAGUCCGAUCGGACAGCUUUAUAGUACUCCAAUGGGAAUAAUGAUGCCAUCGCAAGGUGCUGGUGGAACUACUACUUUUGUGCAGCAGAAUGCAACUAUUGUUCAGCAUCAGCAGCAACAGCAACAAACUAUUCAACAACAACAACAGCAGGUGCUGCAACAACAUGCAACAUCAAUUCACCAACAACAACAGCAGCAGCACCAGCAACAACAACAAGUUCAACAACAAACGAAUAAUCAAACAGUAACUGUGAUCAAUAAAAGGAUGUUAGAAGAUGCAUCAGGAGUUAAUACCCAAAGGACGGCCGCUGCCAGUCCACCGGAUACGACAACGCACAGUCCAAGGAGUCCCGAAAGGCCACCUAGCCAGAGAAGUGGAGGAAGUGAUAUGGUUCAAUGUGUAUCCAGUUCGGAACCAGAUGGAGUGGUGUCGCCACAUAGUGUAGAAAGUGCACAAUCGCCAUCUACAACGGAUUGCGAAAGAGGUAUGUCAUAUCAAACUACAAACAUUUACAAACCAUCGGAUGCAAAAAUUCGACGAGUCAAAACUCCGCCACAACAACAAUUUAGUUCAUCCACACAGGAUAUGAUGAAACCCGAUUCGCAUGAAUCACCUACAAAUUCGCCACCUUCAUCAAUGUCGGCAAUAACCUCAACAAUUAAUAAAAACAAUUUGGCCACAAGCCAUCACCACCACCACAAACAACAGCACCACCACCACCAUCAGCAACAACAACAGCAUCAUCAGCAAUAUCAUCCGAAUAACCGGAGUCCCAUGUCAACAUCAUCGUCCACCAAUGCACCAUCAGCUACAGCAUCAGCCAUCCAUAUCGACUUAGCUCAAAAUGGUAUGCAAAAAUCCUUCACAAUUGGCGAACUGAUUUGGGGUGCUGCUCGUGGCCAUCCAGCGUGGCCAGGUAAAAUUGUACGCCAACCCGACGGGAUGUCAACACCUUGUGAGUAUCAAAGUGCUACCACUUGGGUACAAUGGUUUGGUGGCGGUGGUCGGUCCCAUGCUGAGCUGGUAGCUGUUAAUACUUUGAAGAGUCUAUCCGAGGGUCUGGAAGCUCAUCAUAAAGCCCAAAAGGAUACAAGAAAGAGCAGAAAAUUAAAUUCCCAACUCGAACGUGCCAUUCAAGAAGCCAUGACUGAAUUGGAUCGUAUUUCAGCAGCUACAACACCACCCGGCAGCAACAACAACAAUUGUUCCCAACCAACAUCAACAUCAUCUGGCAGUCCCAAUUCAACAAAACAUCGCGGACGUGGCCGUGCCUCUAUGUCGCAGACUGUUGUCCAGCAAAGAUCCAAACCGAUUCGGAUAGCCCCAGCCCCGCCCAAUGCCACCGCUAGUUCAACAAUAACCACUACAAGCAUCACGAGCAUAAGCAGCAAGCAACAAUCACCAUCAACAAGUAUUAGCCAAGUGACCAGCCAGCAGCUGCAUCAUCAUCACCAGCAUCACCAUCACCAAUCACAGACGCAAUCGAAAUGACCCGAAUCUAGCAGCGCACUCUCGUGGUCAAUGCAAACAGUUACUCUAGUCAUUCACAAUAACUAACAGUUAAAGGAGUUUCACAAACACACACCCACGCAGCACAUAUUACAUAGAGAAAGACUGCUUUUUCAAUUCGCCGCCGCCGCCGUCGAUGGUACCGAAGUUAACGGUUUUGCACAGGAUAACAGCGAAAAUGCAGUCUUAUAAAAAGCUAGAAUAAUAAAUUGUUUUAAUUUAAUAUUUUUUUUUUUAAUUUUUAAUUUGUUUUUAUUUUUUUAAACAUCAACAAAAUAAAUAUAUAUAGUUU